GUAAACGAGGACACUCUAGUGUCGCAUUGUGUAACGCAAACCUUAUCCUGGUGCAUUUAUUCCACCUCUUUCUAAUACAAUACAUUCAGCUGAGCGGCUAUGUAAAUUAUAAAAUAAUAUUUAAUCUAUAACACCAUUUAAUCGAACGAAGCUGCUAUUUCACUAUGCCAUAAAGCGGUGUGCCGUAAUACAGUUAGUGUUGUGAGGAGCUGCACCUGCACUAGAGGGAGGAUGUGGAGAUUCAAAUUCAAUAUUUGGGCAUUUUUGUUACUUUUUGUGGGACAGUAUAGCGCAUUUGCUCUUCAAGAUGUAACGGCCGAACUUUUCGGUUCCGAAAAUUAUGGGACGGUGGCGGCGUUUGGAGAUUUUUAUGCGGAUAAACAGACAGACAUCUUCAUCAUCAGAGGACAGGCUGAACUGGUGAUCUUGUUGGCUGACUCGAAAACACCUUACUUCAAGCCCAAAGUUAACAUCUCAAAGGACAUUUUCCCGAGGGACACCGUCAUCACCAGCGUGGUUCCUGGGGACUAUGACGGAGACUCCCAGAUGGAUGUCCUCCUUACAGCUCAGAUCCCGACCUCCAAGAUGACAACUGUGUUCAUCUUUUGGGGGAACAACCAGACAUUAGAUGUGAGUGGGCGGCUCAUGCUGAACAAGACCUUUACAGAUCAACCUCUUGUUAUGGAUUUCAAUGGGGACAUGAUCCCGGACAUUUUUGGAGUCACCAAUAAUCCGAAUACACCCCUGCUCACCGAAGUGUGCUAUCUCACCAAAAGGGUUCCUGUGUGGGGGAAAGCACUGAGUUCAUCUGUCAAUAUGCGCAACCCUCACUCCAACGCUUUCAUUGACCUCAACAAGGACUUCACCGCUGAUUUGUUCCUGACAACUGAAGGGCCUAAGUUUGAGACCUGGAUCAGUAAGGACGGGAACUUCACCAGAGAAGAAGUCAUGCCGUCAGAGCCACCAGCCAAGAUUAUCGGACAGUCCUCCUUCGUCGACUUCGAUGGCGACGGCUACCAGGACCACCUCCUCCCCGUGUGUCUGGAUGCCUCCUGUCAACGCAGUGCCAUCUACAUGGCCAAGUCUGGCUCAAAGGAGUGGGUGCCAGUGCUGUUGGACUUCCAGCGGAGGGAAACGAUUUGGAGCUUUGUGCCAGAGAAACCCAGCCAACCCCUGGCCCUGCACUUCGGGGACUACAACCUGGACGGCUUCCCUGACGCCCUGGUGGUCCUCCGCAACACCAGCGGCAGUGCUCAGCAGGCCUUUCUGUUGGAGAACGUGCCCUGUAACAACGCCAGUUGUCAUCGUGUUGGGAGGAUGUUCCAAGUCCUCUGGGACCAGUCAGAUUUGGGAGCCAUCCAAAAUGCCGUCAUGGCAACGUUCUUUGACAUCUACGAGGACGGUAUAUUAGACAUGCUGGUUCUAAGCCAGGCAGAGGGCAAAAAAGACUUGAUCAUCCACGCUUUGAAGAACAAUUACGAAGCCGAUGCCUACUUCGUUAAAGUGAUGGUGCUCAGCGGCCUCUGCUUCAAUGACUGUCCAGAAGAUGUCAAGCCUUUUGGUGUUAACCAGCCAGGUCCCUAUGUCAUGUACACCACAACGGACGACAACGGCAACCUGAAGAACGCCUCAGCCGGUCAGUUGAGCCAGUCGGCUCACUUCUCCCUCCAGCUGCCCUACACUGUGCUGGGCCUCGGACGGAGCGCCAACUUCCUGGAUCACCUAUUCGUCGGCAUCCCCCGGCAGCCUGGAGAGACGGAAAUAAGGAAGAAGGAGUGGACGGCCAUCAUCCCCAACUCUCAGCUCAUCGUCAUCCCCUUCCCACACAACCAGCCCCGCAGUUGGAGCGCUAAGUUGUACCUCACUCCUAGCAACAGCGUGUUGCUGACGGCCAUCGCGCUGAUCGGAGUGUGCGUCUUCAUCCUCGUGUUUAUUGGCAUCCUCCACUGGCAAGAGAAGAAAGCGGACGACCGGGAGAAGAGGCAGGAAGCCCACCGCUUCCAUUUCGAUGCCAUGUGAAGGAGGAGAACUGAAUCAUGGGAGAUCGUCAUCUCUCCGCCUACGUCUCACCCUCCUUCCCCCGUCACACACACAUUUUCUCUCAUUUCAAGGGCCAAUAAACUGAUCCUCAUUUUUGCCCCAAAACGUUUCUUUUUGAUAUUUCUCAGUCCUUCAGUCAGAUGUGAAAUAUUAAUGUUCCAUUUCAUUUAUUCAUUCCGGUGUUAGAUGUUCAGGAGCUCCAACAAAUCCUCAUGGAGAUAAAGCAGGGAUUUCUUUGAACCGGCUGUAGCAUGAUGGUCCGUGGUGUUUAUUAGAGGAUCAUUUUGAAAAUAUGACACAGAUUUCUGUUGAAACGUCCGACAAUUGACUCCAAUAUUGUAAGCUGUUUGUUUAUUCACUGGAAGGGAAAGCACCUUUGGCACCGAGUGUUUAAAAUGUGUAAUGUUACUUGAAAUCCGUGUCUGUCUUUUUCCUUUUAUUGAGAUAUAGUUAAGAAAUUCUUCAGAUUUUAUGACCUGUGAAAUUAAACUGUGUUCUGUGAUAUCAAUCUCAGCCUUGCAACCGCAGCAGCAACUGGUUGCAAAGUGAACACGAUAUACGGACACACGGAGCUUUGUGAUUCUGUGGAACAUCGCUCUGCUACCAAUCUCACCGAAACACGAUGAAUUGCCUUCUGGUCUGCUGAGUGCAAAUUUGUCUUUUUGUCAGUUGAUCGUAUCACAGUGCGUCAUCGGAGUGCCAAAAAGGGGGAAAAAAGAGUUUCUGUGUUGCAUCCUGCUAAUUUCUAAUGCUCCUGCAUUGAGGUUCAGCAAAUAGUCUCAACAACCGGUCACAUUUUGAACUACUGAAUAAGGCACAGUUCACUCCAGACGGGGUUUUCAUUUACGUUGUCUUUUUUUUCAUAAAGUUAAUCCGGCGAAGCGCUUUAGUGUGUUCAGAUAUUUAUUUCACUAGAAUGAGCUCAUGCCUUUCCAAGCGGUUUGCACUUUUAAACUAAUAAUUAAUUGCGGGUUGUGUGUAAUUUAUUUCAUUUUGGCGAUUUGUUCAACAAAUGAAUGUUCAAGCUACUAAAUGUGUUUACUUGCUGAGGUUGAGAAUAAAGGUUUUCCUGCUUAAAUUAA